CUUCAACACCACAACAAUGCAAAUGAGAACAAUCGACUUUGGUAGGUGUUUGUAUUCGCACCGCGCACUAUACUCUCCGGUGUGCCAUGAAAUGUAUUGAGCGCAGAUAUUCGCUAAGCAGCAAUGGCUCAUGAUUGGUCGGUCAGGGUGCAGCUUUCCUGCUCCGCCACCCUGACAGCCGUCCGCCCUAUCCGCUUUCAAGCCCUUUGUGAGCGCUGAGGAGGCUGAGCCACCGCCAGAAAAACACCUCACAUUCCAGGUUUCCCCUUCAGUUUCCCGUUCCCACUUCCUACUUCCGCAGAUCUCAAGUUCGGCCCACAGUACGCGCACGCCCGUGGUGGCGACAUAGGUCCUCGAACACGCUGACAUGGUCAUCCUUGGCGGAUUGGAGAUUGUUGCGGGAGGUUAUUUCUUCCACCGCUAUCAGAAGAACAAGAACGAGAAGAAGAGGCUCGAACAGGAGGCCCAGCAGCGACGCCACAACACCUUUCCUGGUGCAAAACCGCAGCCGUGUUACCCGUCGCAUCCUCAACACGACAUCCCACCACAGAAGUAUGGCUAUGUAUCACAUGCGCCACCACAUCGCCCUCAACCACCCUAUCCUCCGCCGCAUCGUCCCCACACUGAGCCUCCACCGCAUCGGCCACACAAUGGUCGCCAUGCCUCACAGCCGCAGUCAUUCAUGAUUCCGCGGCGACCGCUUCCCAAGCAGCAAUAUGCACCUCCCCCGCAGAUAAUACAACCGCUUCAACGAGCUGACUCCAUGGCAACGAUAUCGCGCAUGCCUAUCGCAAACGGCUAUCGACCAAGUCAUGUCGCCGACGACCCGCAACUUCCAUCGCGCCGACAGAAUUCACAACUUUCGCCAAUUCCGCAGUCGCCUAUGAGCUCGCCAUACGGGAACCACGGAUUUGCCGUGUCAUCCCCUGCCCUUAUCAACAACCGCACUACCCAAACAUACAGCCCGGUCCGACCUGGUGGGAGACAGACUGUGGAUGAUAAUUGGGAAACCUACAGCCAUCAGGCUCCGGCCUCUGGACACUAUGCCCCCUCGUUUUCGACUGCCCUCGGAGAAGUUAGAGACGAUGACCCACCGCCACCAUAUCGUCCUUAGGUUGAUUGGCUGCCAUUCCUGAAAGAUGUCAUCCAGGAAUCGUUCUAGGGUCUACGUUAUACAUGUGCGUACUGCCAACCCAUCGCAGGGCUGGUCUGUUGGACUUCGAUGCUGGCAUACGACAGUCUUUCCUUUCCUAAAUUUUCUUUUUACCACACUGUUGUAAUAACGCGGCUCAUGACUUUCUGACGACAACAAGCGGGGUAUUGGAUAUCUAAGAGCGAGCAUGUCUCCUUGGCUAUCGGAUGCUGUUUCUCUGUGCGGAAUAAAUUGGUGAAGCGCGAGGCUCAUACAUAAUUUUACUGGUUC